AUGAAGGGGGAUACCAGACACCUCAGUGAAGAGGAGGGCGCCAGCGGGAGGGAGGACUCCAUCAUUCUCAUCAACGGGGCCAGCAGUGACCAGUCCUCCGACUCCAAGGACGCCCCUUCGCCCCCCAUCCUGGAGGCUAUCCGCUCACCCGAGAUCAGAGGCCGCAGAUCCAGCUCUCGCCUGUCCAAGAGGGAGGUCUCCAGCCUAAUCAGCUACACUCAGGAUCUGACAGGGGAAGCAGAUGGUGAAGAAGAUGGAGACAGCUCUGAGGCUCCUGUGAUGCCAAGACUAUUCCGGGAAACCAGGACCCGCUCUGCAAGCCCAGCAGUCCGAACCCGAAAUAGCAACAACAGUGCCUCCAGUCGGGAGAGGUACAAGUCCUUCCCACAUCCCACCCGAGGCCGCCAGGGCCGCAGUCACGUGGACGAGUCUCCCGUGGAGUUCCCGGCUACCAGGUCCCUAAGGCGGCGGUCAACAGCCUCGCCAGGUACGCCGUGGCCAUCCCCGUCCACUCCUUACCUCACCAUCGACCUCACGGAGGACGAUGUGACACCACAGAGCAGCAGUACCCCCUGUGCCAGCCUAGCUGAGAGCCAGCAGGAGAACUCGGAGACCUCCCAGGUGGACGCAGAGGGGAGAGACUCUGACAACACUGAGUACCAGGAUGGGAAGGAGUUUGGAAUAGGGGACCUGGUAUGGGGCAAGAUCAAGGGCUUCUCCUGGUGGCCAGCCAUGGUGGUUUCUUGGAAGGCUACCUCCAAGCGCCAGGCCAUGUCCGGCAUGCGAUGGGUCCAGUGGUUUGGUGAUGGCAAGUUCUCUGAGGUCUCUGCAGACAAACUGGUGGCCUUAGGGCUGUUCAGUCAGCAUUUUAACCAGGCCACCUUCAAUAAACUGGUGUCAUACAGGAAGGCCAUGUACCAGGCCCUGGAGAAAGCCAGGGUACGAGCUGGCAAGACCUUCCCCAGCAGCCCUGGAGACUCUUUGGAGGACCAGCUGAAGCCCAUGUUGGAGUGGGCCCACGGGGGCUUCAAGCCCACUGGGAUCGAGGGCCUCAAACCCAACAACAACCAACCAGAAAACAAGAGUCGAAGACGCACAACUGAUGAUUCAGCUGCCUCUGACCACUGUCCCCCAAACAAGCGCCUCAAGACAAACUGCUAUAACAAUGGCAAGGACCGUGGAGAGGAAGAUCAGAGCCGAGAACAAAUGGUUUCUGAUGUUACCAACAACAAGAACAAUCUGGAAGAUAGCUGUUUGUCCUGUGGUAGAAAAAACCCCGUGUCCUUCCACCCGCUCUUUGAGGGGGGGCUUUGCCAGACGUGCCGGGAUCGCUUCCUUGAGUUGUUCUACAUGUACGACGACGAUGGUUAUCAGUCCUACUGCACCGUGUGCUGUGAGGGCCGUGAGCUGCUUCUCUGCAGCAACACAAGCUGUUGCCGGUGCUUCUGUGUGGAGUGUCUGGAGGUGCUGGUGGGCAAGGGCACAGCGGAGGACGCCAAGCUGCAGGAGCCCUGGAGCUGCUACAUGUGUCUCCCCCAGCGCUGCCACGGAGUCCUGCGGCGCCGGAAGGACUGGAAUGUCCGCCUGCAGACCUUCUUCACCAGCGACAUGGGGCUCGAAUACGAGGCCCCCAAGUUGUACCCUGCGAUUCCCGCAGCCAAAAGGCGGCCCAUUAGAGUCCUGUCACUAUUCGAUGGAAUUGCCACAGGUUACUUGGUCCUCAAAGACUUGGGCAUUAAAGUGGAAAAGUAUGUCGCCUCAGAAGUGUGCGAAGAAUCCAUCGCCGUUGGAACCGUGAAGCACGAGGGAAACAUCAAAUAUGUGAAUGACGUCAGGAACAUCACAAAGAAAAAUAUUGAAGAGUGGGGUCCAUUUGAUUUGGUGAUCGGUGGAAGCCCAUGCAAUGACCUAUCAAAUGUGAAUCCUGCCCGGAAAGGCCUGUAUGAGGGCACUGGCCGACUCUUCUUCGAAUUCUACCACCUGCUCAAUUACUCACGCCCCAAAGAAGGGGAUGACCGGCCAUUCUUCUGGAUGUUUGAGAAUGUUGUAGCCAUGAAGGUCGGCGACAAAAGGGACAUCUCACGGUUCCUGGAGUGUAACCCAGUGAUGAUUGAUGCCAUCAAAGUUUCUGCUGCUCACAGGGCUAGAUACUUCUGGGGAAACCUACCUGGGAUGAACAGGCCUGUGAUAGCAUCAAAGAAUGAUAAGCUCGAGCUGCAGGACUGCUUGGAAUUCAGUAGGACUGCAAAGUUAAAGAAAGUGCAGACAAUAACCACCAAGUCCAACUCCAUCAAACAGGGGAAAAACCAACUUUUCCCUGUUGUCAUGAAUGGCAAAGAAGAUGUUUUGUGGUGCACUGAGCUCGAAAGGAUCUUCGGUUUUCCUGUGCACUACACGGAUGUGUCCAACAUGGGCCGCGGUGCCCGCCAGAAGCUGCUUGGGCGGUCCUGGAGUGUGCCCGUCAUCCGACACCUCUUCGCCCCCCUGAAGGACUACUUUGCAUGUGAAUAGUUCUACCCAGGCCUGC